UCGGGUUAACCUUGACACAGAGCAAAAGGGAGCAACAGGUAAAACAGCAGCUCCCCUGCACCUGCCUCCACAUGCACCUGAGAUGUGACAGUCGCGGUCCCCACCCUCUCCGGGCGCAGUGCAGCCCCUCAGUCCGCAAUAGCGCCCUGGAGCUAUCCCAGCCCCCGGUUCCCUCUCUCCUGCCACUGAGUGCUCCCUUUGGGGAGCAGAACGCAACCAGCAAGGGGCUGAAUCGAAGCAGAGACACGCUCCUCUGCCACCAGAGAGGAGAAACCACCAUGGCAGAGAACUACAGCUGGUGGAAGCUCACCUUCCUGCGGAAGAAGAAAUCCACCCCCAAGGUCCUGUACGAGAGCCCAGACAUCUAUGCCAACGAGAACCACCAGGAGGCCACACGGACAGAGGUGGGGAGAGAUGAUGGCGCCGAGAGUGAAUUCAAUGUCCGGCUGGAGAAGAUCGUGGAUAAGAACACAAAAGGCAAACAUGUCAAGGUCUCCAACUCCGGGCGCUUCAAGGAGAAGAAGAAAGUGCGAUCCACGCUGGCUGAAAACCCCAACCUCUUCACUGAUGGCGAGCAGGAGGAGAAGUGAGGCAGGGGAAAGCGGGCAUUUGGGGGAAAGCGCUGCAGGGUGGAACCAACGCCCUGAGGCCAUUGCGCAUGGACCCUUCACGACUCAGAGCCAGCCUAGAUGUCAAUUCUGUUCUCUCCGCAAAUGAAGUAAUGAGGGGGCAGGGACCGCCCCGCUGUAGAUUUCAAAGACUUUCGGUUCUGAUGUGCACUCACAAAGGAGAAAGGACUCGAUACUUUUUAUUUAAUACCAAUCAUAUUUAAAAUAAAUGCCACUGGGUGAUCGUCACGAGAUGGAGGCACCCAAGUCUCGCUCUGAAGCCUUGGAGGUGGGGAGGAGUCAAACACAGGGCAGUUCAGAGGCCCCUUGCAAACACUCUCAGUAGUGCCCAAGGGCUCAGAAGUAGCGGUCGGCUGCAGGUGGCCAUGGGAUGGGAGGAGCCAGCUGAUUCUCAUCCACCAUUCUACCACUGCACCUAGAAGAUGGCUGAGAAGAGCUAGGAACUUCAGCUGGCUCUGCCCUGGGGGAUUUCACAGCAACUAGCCUCAGCUCUGUCCGCACCCACUGACACGGGAAAGGUAAACGUAAGGCUGGCUGGGAAACAGGGUUGCACCUUUUAAUACCACAGAGAUUCCCUGGCCUGGGAAAGAGAAAUACUUGGCCACAGGCAGUCACCAGCUGAACUGGUGGAGGCAGAACUGGGAAUAGGACCCAGGAUCCUCAUUUCCUGGAUAGCAGCACUCAGCCAGUUGAGCUAAAGGAGAACCAACCUUAGCUGGAGCAAGAACGUUUCUUGGCCUUCAGUUACUACAGACCAACACUUGAGUAGAUCUGAUCUUCCAGCCAGCGGGGGCACGGGGGUAAGACAACUAAAGAUUCCACUGAUAGGAGAAACUGCGGCCAGUCGGGUGGGGGGUCUGGGGGCUUUGGAACGGGGCUACAGCCCUGAGAGCUUAUUUUCUUUGACUCACUGUUGGGCACUGGUUGAUGUAGAAACCAGCUGGAGUCUGCUAGGGUGACUCUCUAAGAGAGGACAGAUGGUCUAGUGGUUAGCACAGGAGCACCGGAACUGAGAAAGCCUGGAUUCUAUUCCCACCUCUGCCUCUAGCUAUGCCUCAGUUUCCUGCUAUGAGCACGAAGGGGCCAUCUUUCGAGUCAGCUUUUGGACCAUAAUCUUGCUUUGACGUUUCCUUCUCCACAGGUAAAAAAACGCUCAAGGACAUGCUAAUGUUCCCCGUAACUUAAAUUCAAGGUUAUUUGUUAACUUCUUUCCCUGCAUUCAUCUGCCUCUGAGUGGCUACCAGCCACAAAUAGCUGGCAGCCCAGGUGGACUUUAGCAGCAGAGAUUCUAAUAACUCACUCAUCAAGCCAUUUUGCACUCAUAAAAUCUGCAUGUUUUGCUGAACUUCGUGCACGGGAGCAGUUGCUGAAUUCACGUGGUUUCUGGCAGAAGCGCCUGAUGCAAUGACGCAGAAUUCUCUCCCCCCUCCACUGGGUUACAAAAGGAAAAGUUUGAUGGCCCUUUUAAUUUCCAAGAGCCAUUUUGCUGCUGAUACUUUAGAGGCCUUGAUCUUCCUGGCUGGUGCUUUUUUCAUGUUCA